UAUGGGUCCUUUUAUUCGACGGACGGAGAAUAUACCAUGAUCUUCCCGAACUGAACCCGCACCCUUUUUUGCUUCUUCCCCUUUCUCUUUAUUACAUGCCCUUCUCGUUCCUCAAUUUUGCGCUUUUCCCGAGUAUGCCUCGUCUUGACUCCUGUAUUUCUAUUCGUCUCUCCUACCUAUCCCGUCUCCCGUGCAUGUACGAAAUACGCGCCUGCCCAUCCGUUUUUGACCCAUCUAUCCCGACCCAGCGCAUGCAUGCAUGCAUGUUUUGAUACAUCUGCUUACAAUCAAACCCGUCACAGCGAGGUCGAACUUAAAGGCAUCAGCAGACGAAGCUAAGCCAGUGAGCAAGCCGAGGAAGGAUCUCGGAAAGGCAAGACUGCGUCCCGCCGCAUGGUCAUCGGCGGCCAGAACGAUCUUCGACGACUAAUCCUCGCUUUAAGCCUGCUACCCGCGCAGGCAGUUUUGGUGUGCUCGUCGUGUACUCCUGCCACUCUUCUUCAGCCCCUGGUCUGCUCGUCCUUGGCCAUCUCAUGGGGCGGCUUUCUCUUCUUCUUCUUCUUCUUCCUUUUUUUUUUUUCAUUUCUCCUUUAUCCGUAUUCCUUUUUCAUACGAUUCCUCAUGCUUAUGCCGCGAUGACUUCAUGCUACUCCCGACUCUCCUUGAUACUUCCAUAUCUUCCCAGCGAAUUGUUUGGCUUCCCUUCUUGUUUCCUCUUUUCUCGACUGGUUUUUUACUUUAUCCUUUUCCGGUUAAAUGCCGAAUACUGCGCACUGCGUACUCCGGUUCCUGCUCUUGGAUUCUCGUGCUUUUUUUUCCCUUUUGUCCGCCUUUUUGAAGAAGAAAAGCGCUCUGUUAUGACUUACCUGUCUUGUUCUUAAUAUCUAUGAAUUAAUGACCUCCUUGCCACCGGC